AUGACGAUCGAUUGCGGUUCCCCGCACCAGACAACCCUUUUCGACAGCACCUCAGAAAAUACACCAAACCCUAUAUUCAAGACCAGGCACCUGAACUACGUAUUUCAAUGGACCGACUUACAGUCGUUUUGGUGGACAGCACAGGGAGAUCACCUUGCGCCCAACACUACCCAAGGAAAGAAUCGCUUUGUAGUCCACGGUUCUAGAAAUGCAAAUGGCCCCACUACCCAACAAAGCUGGAUGACGAUCGGAGACGACGUGGGCGUCAACGAGCUCUAUACACCGUUAGCCGGUGUUUCUUCAUUCACUGGCAACGGCAGGCCGCUAUUGAGAGAAGCCCAACAAACGGUUGAUAGGAAGCUGCUUUUAUGGUAA